GGCCGCAUGCGUGUCCCGGCGCUUCCGGCGGUGGCCAUGGUGACAGAAGCAGCCAGGAAGACUGUUCAGAAAGGAAAACUGAUGGAUUUCACCAGCACAGUCAUCAUCCCACUGCUUUUUGGCAGCCUGGGCAUCUUUGGCCUUUUCCGGCUGCUGCAGUGGAUGCGGAUGCGAGCUUACCUGCAGGAAGCAGUGGUGGUGAUCACAGGGGCUACUUCUGGCCUGGGAAAAGAGUGUGCAAAAGCCUUCCAUGCAGCUGGCUCCAAGCUGGUGCUCUGUGGCAGAGACAGUGAGAAGCUCAAAGACCUGGCACAGGAGCUUUCUACUGUGACCAACCACCGGAAGAACACACACAAACCUCACACGGUGGUGUUUGACCUCUCAGACACCAAAGCUGUGGUAAAUGCUGCUGAAGAGAUCCUCAAGUACCUGGGUCAUGUGGACAUCUUGAUCAACAAUGCAGGCAUCAGUUUCCGUGGCACAAUUGUGGACACAGGAUUGGAUGUGGAUAAGAAAGUGAUGGAAACAAAUUAUUUUGGUCCUAUAGCCCUCACCAAAGCACUUCUCCCCUCCAUGAUCAAGAGGAGACAAGGCCACAUUGUGGCCAUCAGCAGUGUUCAAGGAAAAAUAAGCAUUCCUUUUAGAUCUGCCUAUGCUGCCUCUAAGCACGCCACCCAGGCCUUCUUCGACUGCCUGCGCGCAGAGGUGGAGCAGUAUGACAUUGAUGUGACAGUUGUGAGCCCUGGGUACAUCCAGACAAACCUCUCUGUCAAUGCUGUCACAUCAGAUGGAUCUCGCUAUGGAGUUAUGGACAAGAACACAGCUGAAGGACAGACAGCCGCAGAGGUCGCUCAGGUGGUUCUCAGUGCAGUGGGACAGAAGAAGAAGGAAGUCCUCGUGGCUGGCCUGACACCCUCACUGGCUGUCUACCUGCGGAACCUCUUCCCCAGGCUCUUCUUCACCUUAAUGGCCACAAGAGCAAAAAAGGAGAGAAAGACAAAGGACUCUUAGAGCUCAGCUCCUCCAAGCAGUAACUGUAGGGGGAGGCCAGUGCCCUGCAGUUUGGCUGGGACGUCAGUGGAGGUGCUCCUGCAGGAAAGGCCUUUCUCAAAAUGCUGCAGUUUACCAUUGUGUGGAGACUGGGAAGCAGUUCACCCCUCAUCGGGGCAGGCCCCUCUUGCUGGGAGACAGCACCUAAACCUCACCUGAAGAAAGGUGCUUGGACAAGGGGGAGAGCUGAGGCUGCAGGGGAGAGUGACUCAAGGGAACACACUUUGCUGCAGGGGAGGCCCAUGUGCUGGAAGCCAGCAGCUUACCUCACCUCACCCCAGGCACGCUCGACUUUACAGGCCUGCUACAAAUAAACCCCACCUGUUUUGCCUUCACACAA